CUCAUGCAUACAAUGGAGUCGUGCAGUUGUCAUCACAUUUUUGGGUAAGGUUGGAAUUUCGCCCCAAACCGUUCGCAAAACGAAGAGAGAGAGAGACAAAAGUUUAGCACCCACAUCGUGUGAACGUAUCGUCCAAUUAUUUAAAUACGAUCUAACUGAAUUUCGAUGGCACAGUCCGUUCGGUGUCGUUCGCUCAUUCGCUUAACCAAGUGAUAUCGCUCCCGGUAGUGGUUUCAAGCCAACUAAACAACAAACAGGAAACAAUUCUAUCACAAUGGCUGGAUUUGAUCGUACGCUUCUGAUCGGUGUUCUGGUGCUGUGUGCAGUGUUCUGUUUUGUUUGUGCCGCCGAUGCAACUACCGAUGCUGAUAGCAGCUUUGAUGCCGAUGUGAUGGAGGGACGCACCUUUGGACAUCACUUCCUUAAGCGUAUCAGCUUCGCCAUGAUUCCGGCAGCGUUCGUUGUCGGUGUCAUCACCACACUGCUGUCCGCCCUGACCGUUGUCUCGAUGAAGGGUUUGGGUGUCGGUGUCAUUCUUCUGGUGCUUACCAUCUCGCAAGUUAUUGCCAGAAGCUUCCCGGCCCCACUGCCACCACCAGUCCCGGUGGCCUACAGUGCACCUGCUCCCGCACCCAUACCCCUCGUAUACAAGGAUUGGUGAAAAGUGAAGCCCAUCCGGAGCUUCCGAUCUAGCUGGUAACUUAAACGUAACUAUUUAUUUAUUUAUUUCUGGACAUACGUGCCCAGCAAGCUUUCACGAGCACGGGACACGGGGACCAACAAUGGCAACGUCAAAUGUGGGCCAGAUAAUCGCACGAUCGCGUAAAUCGUGACCCGAUCACGAUUAAGCGAAUCUUUCAUCCAUUCCCCGAUGCGAUGCAAACGAUCGUUUUGUGACAAUAAAUUUCUCCGAAAUUAAAAAUUCUAGUCUCGCC